AACUUAACCAAAAAUCUAUACACUGAAUUUAUAUCAAUUCUCGAGUUAUAAACAGCAUGUUCAUGAACACGAUAAAGAAAGGAUAAACCAGAUUAUAAAUAGAGCUUAUGAAGAUGCUGAAUGGGUGUUAAAAAAGUAUUUAGGCAACAAGAAUAAAUAAAAAUGUUUUCUAUACCUUUAGUAACAAGUAGUGGAGGCUUUACUUUUCCGUUAUUUUGGGAAAUAGUAGUGCUUUAUCUUAACAGACCUUAUUUAGUAAAUAAACUAAUAACUGCAACUACUAAGAUCAGUUUGUACAAAAUAGAAUAUAAUGGCAAUCAAAUAAAUGACUUAUUUACAAAAUCAGCGAUUUUAUAUGAACGACGAAAGUUGAUUAAUUUAUCAAAAGAGACAGUCACUGAGGAAUUUAUCAGUAAUAUUAUUGAAUAUAAUGUUAGAAAUUUAACUAUAACAAAAGUAGAAGAUGAAUAUUUUUCAAACGCCAAUACUGGAGUUUAUAUUUCAUUGCAAAUACUGAUUUCUAGAAAAAAUCCCGAUCAUAAGGUUUUAGAAAUAGUUAUUUUAGAUAAGGAUAAAAAUUGUGCGACUUUUAUGUCUCCUUAUGAACGUACAGAGGAUAUUUUGACACCAAAUUUUGUAUAUCAAUUCGAAUUAAAUGGAAACAACUUUAGGAUUAACCUACAAGAGUUUGAAGAUGCAGAAACUUCUAGAGCUGAGUGGUUGGCUGAUACUUUAUUUCCAAAGCUUCUGAAAUGGUCACAAUGUGCUACCGACAAAAAGAAUACAGUGCAAUCGUUAUCUUUAGUGCCUUUAGAUGAAUAUUGCAUCUUAUAUGAUCGAUUGAAGAGAAAUUAUGUCAAAGGAUUGAUAAAAGAUUGGCUAGAAAAAGCAAAUACUGAUCCUCAAAAGUAUAUAUUUGAAGAUUUGGCAAUAGCAAGUUACUUAAUUUGUUUGUGGAGAGUUUUCGAACAAGAAAAUAUUAAUUUCGUUGAUUGCGGAUGCGGAAAUGGUUUACUAGUUUAUAUAUUAAAUCAAGAAGGAUAUAAAGGAUAUGGAAUCGAUAUCAGAAAAAGAUCUAUUUGGGAUAUUUAUCCAAAGGAGACGAGAUUAGAGGUAGGUAUAGUGACACCAGAUUCUACUUUCCCCGAGUCUACUUGGCUUAUAGGAAAUCAUUCAGAUGAACUAACACCAUGGAUACCAUUAAUGGCACUCAAAAGUACAACAAAAACCAAUUUUUUUCUACUUCCUUGUUGUCCCUAUGAUUUUAACGGGGAGAAAUAUAUUAGAACCAAUACUGCUGUUAGUACUUAUGCAGAUUAUUUGUGUUACAUUGAAGAUAUAUGUAAAAAAUGCAAAUUCAAAGUACAGAUAGACAAAUUACGAAUACCGUCCACUAAAAAAGUUUGUUUAGUCGGAGUAAGUAAAUUUUCCACACAGGAAGAAACUCGUGAAGUUCUUGAUGAUAUUAAACCGUUAAUAAAUAUAAAAAUGAACAAGGAAUUCAAACCAAGAGUUAAAGUAGAACCUGUAAGGAACUGUACUCAACUCAAAAGAGAAAUAACUGAUAAAAUAAUCAAAAUAAUUGUCGAUUUGUUGCUAAAAGAAGAAAAUAUAAUUAUCAAAAAAGACGGGACAUUUUGGAAUAAAGGAUCGAUUUACCUAAUUUCUGAUUUAUCUAAAAAUAUUCCUCCAGAAUAUUUGAAAGAUUUAAAGUCGCAAUGUGGUGGGUUGCAAACUUUGAUGAAAAAUUUCAGAUACAUCUUUGAAGUUAACAAAGGAACUGUAUGUUUGAGAAAACCUACAUCAUAUGAAGAAACUGGUGAAAAAUAUCGAGGAAAACCAUGUUGGUUCCAGAAAAAUCAUCCACAAUGUUGUUAUAAUUCGGAAAAUGAUUGUAGCUAUUAUCAUGUUUAAAUUCAAAUAAAACCUGUUUGUAAUA